AUGGGAAUUUCUGGCUUACUCCGAAUAUUAAAAUCCAUACAAAAACCAUGUCACCUUAGUGAGUUCGAGGGGAAGACCCUUGGGGUUGAUGCCUAUGGAUGGCUUCACCGUGGAAUUGUGGCUUGUGCCACAGAUUUAGCUAUGGGAAAACCUACUAGAAGAUUUGUUGACUCUGCUAUGCACCGGGUUCGGAUGCUUCAACAUUUUGGUGUAAUUCCAUUUUUGAUAUUUGAUGGUGAUCAUCUUCCUGGCAAGGCCACCACAGAAGAAGAUAGGGCUAAGAGAAGAGAGGAAAGUAGAAAAGCUGGUCUGAGUCUACUUCAUGCAGGGAAAUCUUCACAAGCCCACAAUGAAUUUCAAAAAUCUAUAGACGUAACGCCGGAAAUGGCAAGGCAACUCAUCGAUGAACUAAAGAGGUACAAUGUACAGUAUGUUGUGGCCCCUUACGAAGCCGACUCUCAAAUGGUGUACAUGGAGGGAAAAGGAAUUAUUGACGGUAUCAUAUCCGAGGAUUCUGAUCUGCUAGUCUUUGGAGCCAGGUGCCUGUUAACAAAAUUGGAUCAAUACGGAAACUGUAUCGAAGUGAACAAGAAAGACUUUUCUGCGUGUACAGAGAUCAAUCUUGCUGGGUGGUCCGACGUCGCUUUCCGACAAAUGGCAAUACUGAGUGGAUGCGACUACCUAGCUAGUGUCAAUAAAAUGGGACUCAAAACAGCUUAUCGAAUGCUCAGACGGUAUAAAUCGAUUGAAAAGGUUAUCCAGAUGUUGAGAUUUGAUGGGAAUUUUAAGGUACCGGAUGAUUACCUUCAGUCUUUCCGUCAAGCUGAACUUACUUUUCUACAUCAAAGAGUCUUCUGUCCAAUAGCACUGGAAGUAGUGCUACAUACACAACCAACUCAACCACUCGACCUGGACAAAAUGACAUACAUCGGUGCGUAUGUUGAGCCAAAAAUUGCUCAAGGUGUUGCAACGGGAGAUUUACAUCCCAUGACUAAGCAGCCAAUUAUCGUAGAAAAACAUAAUCAGAUAAUUGCAGAUCAAGAAACCCACUCAGGUACUAGAGUUAAACAUCGAAGUGUCUCCUCAACUCCUGAUCUCGGAAAAUGUUCUACAAUAACGGCUUUCUUCAAAGCUAGGACUCCUCUUGCAGAGCUAGAUCCUAACUGUUUUACUCCUUCACCCAGACAGUCUCUAAUUUCAGAGAGGUCCCCUCGAACAUUGUCAUCGAGAUCAGUUCCUCAGCCGAAUCGAAAUCGAAAUCGAAUAUCAACCGAGACACAUUACAUUAGUUCGGAGAUCUUACCUAUGACUGAGUGUGCUAGUAUAAAUAAUGCGUCACCCCGACCUCGUAAAAAAUUGCGCCUUUGUGAUGAUACAGAAUAUGAGAUGGGCGACUCUGUAGCACUUUGCUCUAGUCGUUUCUUCAGCUCGCAGAUACUCCAAUCUAGUCCUACUUCUGGAAACCCAAGUACUCAAAAAAUGGAAGAUGCAAAAAUCCUCUCCGAUGAUUCAAUUGAGGAGGCCAUGCUUAGUCUUCCGUCAACUUCUCUCUCUUUCGAGUCCAGUGAUUCCUCGGAUAGAACUACAAAAAUAAACAGUUCUGAGGAUAAUGACAGUAAAUUCUGUAAAUCCCAACCAACUGUGGCUUUAAGUUUGGUAGAUCAAUAUAAAUUCAGCUCUAGUUCGGCUUCUGCAAAAGAAGUUUGUUGGAACAAACAUUCUCCGCCUCCUCCGAAAUUAGACUUACAAGAAACUCUAAACGACCAGCACUCAAAUAUAGUUCAACCUGAAAAAGAGAAUUUGCAAAAUAGAUCUUCGGAGGUGUCUGAUGCAACUAACUUGUUUAGUAACGCAAAUUUCUCGCACAACCAGAUCUCAGUCAUGCCUCCUCAUAGACCAAGCUUGAAGAAGCAGCGUCUCACACCGCUUCAAUUAAUCUCUGCAUCCGUAAAAAAUCGAGUGAAACUCGGUUUGAAACCCGCAGGCGACUCAUUUGGCAUAGUUGCGGAUAGGCCUCGAGGCGUUUUCACGGGAGGAAAUAAUUCUCCUGUGAAAACAAAAUUCCAAAAAGAAAUUAUCAUACCCGUCUCAAAUAGUCGACGUAUGUCUGGAAAUCUGGAUAAAAUACUUUUGGGCACAAUGGGAAGUGAAGAUCUCGUCAUUCAUGAUAGUGAAGAUGAGGCAUUAUCUCCUGUUGAGAGCUGCCAAACCAGCUCGAAUUUUGGGAUGGGUAUUCAAAGCUUUAUGUAUAGUAAGUAG